CACAUUCACCAGGAUUGUGAAGACUGUGAAUUGGAAUUCACCAGUGCUCUGAAAUCUUUCGCAGAUGGGUUGGAUGGAUCUGAAUUUGAUGGAGGCACACCUAUUCGAGAGUACGGGUAGACGUGUAAAAAUAACGUCUACUACCGUUACUUGUUCCCAAGAUGAUUGCCUAGACAAUGGCCUAGAUGUGGACAAGGACUUCAACUCUUACCCAUCGUUUACUGAUGCUUUGAAGCAAUGUGCAAAUGGAGAAUGGGGAAAUUUAAUUCUUCAGAGCUUUGCAUCACAGGUCCUAAUUAGAAUUUACAGCAAGAACAGUGAUACAAAGCAGGAGUGCCUGGGUUUUCUCUUGUCUAAUAACAACAAAGGCUCUACAGUCUUGACAUCGUCUCAUAUAUUUGACUCCAUGGACCUCUCAUCAAUCGAGAUUAGUGUCACAAACUGUGCAUCUAAAAUGUUUUCGGCCCAACUGGUUUACAAAAGCAAGGAUUUAGAUUUCAGUGUUUUACAUGUGGAAGAAGAUUUGGGCGAAGAAGUGUCUGUAGCGAACCUCCAUACCAAACCUAUCUCCUUUGGGGCAGAGGUUUAUAGCAUUACAGCACCAGCCUUUAGGUCCACACCUCUUAUGUUUGCUUUUGCGAAAGGAACCGUUCAUCAUCCAUCCACCUCAUCAAAUGAAGUGUUUUCCUCCACAUACAAAGGCAUGGGGAUUUUGUUUUCAGGGUACGGUUGGCACGAGGGUUCAUCGGGCGGCCCUGUCUUUGACUUUAUGGGAAGAGUCGUUGGCAUUUAUAGUGGAGUGCGAGUGACGGAUGAUAAAGUGUCAUACCACUUUGCCCAGUCGUUGGGUGAUGUUUUAAGUGAACUAAAAAAGAAGAUCCACCAAUCACAGGAGGAACCAAAUUUAUCAUAUUUGCUGUCAAGUGUAUUGGAGAAAGAAAAAGCUGAAAUCCCACGACACAAAAGGAAGAACUUAAAGCAAAAAGAGACUGGCUCUUGAGUUAUAACAAUGAGGUUUGUAAGCAUGAGGAUGCUCAAGGAAAGGAUUUGGUAGAAACUGAACAGAUUAUGUUGUUUUUGUUUGUUUGUGUUCUUUUCUGCUAAUGGGAAACAGUCUAGACUCGUUGAUUGUGUUCAUGGUUUUUUUAACUCAACUUUUGAAUCAUCUU